UGUAUCUUCGACAUUCCGCCAAACAGAGUGGUUUCAGCAUCAUAGAGCCUGCCCGAGAACACCGACGCCUUACUCCAAGCCCCAAAAUUUCUCGCCUACUACUAUGCGGAGAUAAAUCCGGAAAAUUGGUCAAUGGUCGGACGCUUACCAGUUGCACUUGGAGGGCGCAAGCUUUCAGGAGCGAUAUUGAAAAUGGCUGGAUUUGGCAACUAAUCUAUGACAUUCAUAAUCAUGAGGCUAUGGGUCCGGAAUCGAAUGAUAAGGAAUUUCCUUCACACCACGAUAUCGGCAAGAAGGCAUCCACACCGAUGACAGACCAAGCGCACGUGGCCCUUCUCGAGGCUAACCUAAGAUUCGACGAGCUGGACAAUUUCGAUUACUGGUUCUCUCGCGAGCAUCCCGAGACUGAGGAGUACCUCAACAUUCGAAAUAUUCGGCCAGCGUAUAUCCGCUCAUCCCUGUUUGGGAAGGGAAAUGGUCAGGACGACUGGGAGACGAUUCGCGCCAAGUAUUUUCCACACAUCCAACCAUCAGGACCUUUUGUUGGGGGGAUGGCGGUCGGCCAAUAUCUCACUGGACUCUUCAACCUUGACGGAUUCAUCCGGAAGGAAGAAUAUCUCAACGAAUUAUCGCUUAUCGCUGGAUUGAGUCUUGCUAUCGGGCAGCACAGGGAUGUACGCAUCAUCGCAACUCCAUUGGUCACCACGUUAGGCCCAUCUCAGUGGGACGCUUCCACCAAGCUGCUCACUUCUCUCACUACCGUUAUCGUUCUCCACUUUGGUAGUCACUGGGCUAUCUCUGUAGCACAGAUGGAUAGCGGCUCGCUGACGUACUUUGACUCCUAGGUGGAGGGCAGAGACGAGAGAGCUGCGCAAGCUUUGAGCCUCGUGAGCGGAAUCGAGGGUCGGCACAUGACUUUGACGAUCAUGCUACUUCCGCAGCAGCAGUGGAAUUGGAACUGCGGACUUGUAGCCCUUGAGAGCGUCAGCAUUUUCUUCUCGCAGUCGACCGUCCAGGCAUCUCGCCGAGGCGAAGGAGCAGAAUCCCAUGUCAGUUCGCUGUGGCUUCGCGCAAUCCAGCGAGAACUUAG